UGCAGCGCGGCCAGAGGGAGCAGGUGGAGCGAGCGAGCGAGACGCGAGCCGGAGCGCGCGGGGCCCCGGGAGACUGCAGUGACGCUGCCCGGGAGACAUGGCGGCCGGGCGCCUCUGAAGAAGCAGAAUCCCGAGCCCCUCGCCGCCGCCGGCCGCUGCAGCCCGGGCCAUGCCGCACGGCUGCUGACCGCACGCAGGGGCCAGCCCAGAAGACACACUGCCGCCGCGCCCCGGUCCUCUCUCCUUGCAUUCUCCAUGUUGCAUUUCAUGUCAGUUUCUCAGGCAGUGUAGCUGCUGCCACCGGAGGAGCAUCGCUCUGCUCGUUCACUCAGCCACAUUUUUCUUUCCCAUUUUUACCCUCCCCUCCCCAUUUUCUUUUCCUUUGCCCCGCCUGUUCACAUUCAUCUCCCCCAUCCCGUGACCCUCUCCUGCCUCCAUCCACCGGGGCUAUGGCCGCAGAAGAGGUAUUGCAGACUGUGGACCAUUAUAAGACUGAGAUAGAAAGGCUGACUAAGGAGCUCACAGAGACGACCCACGAGAAGAUCCAGGCUGCCGAGUACGGGCUGGUGGUCCUGGAAGAGAAGUUGACCCUCAAACAGCAGUACGACGAGCUUGAGGCUGAGUACGACAGCCUCAAACAGGAGCUGGAGCAGCUGAAAGAGGCCUUUGGGCAGUCCUUCUCCAUCCACCGUAAAGUUGCUGAGGAUGGAGAGACUCGGGAGGAAACGCUUCUGCAAGAGUCGGCCUCAAAGGAAGCUUACUACCUGGGGAAGAUCUUGGAGAUGCAGAAUGAACUGAAACAGAGCCGGGCUGUGGUCACUAACGUACAGGCAGAAAAUGAGAGGCUCACAGCUGUUGUGCAGGAUCUGAAGGAGGUAAACAAAUUCCCUUUGAGAGGUUGGUGGGAGGGAGUUUUUGAUAUGAAAGCUGCAAAAGAGGUGCAGGUGUCUUCUCAUUUCUACACGAGUGCAGUAGACAAACAGGAGAUUGACAAACAGGUACCAGGUCCACUACUAACUGUUGUAAAAAUAGAAAAAGCGUUGUAUGGUAUACAACCUGCAGAUGAUUACGUCGUAGCCCUGAAAGUAGAGGAAAAGGCAAGGGACGGUAAGCCUAUAUCUAAAUUAGGAUGUGCUUUUUUCCCAGAGCGAAUCAAAGUAGAGCGGGAAAAAGCCAUUCUUCUGGCCAAUCUCCAGGAGUCACAGACACAACUGGAACAUACCAAGGGGGCACUGACGGAGCAGCAUGAACGUGUGCACCGGCUCACAGAACACGUUAACGCCAUGAGAGGCCUGCAGAACAGUAAGGAGCUUAAAGCUGAGCUGGACGGGGAGAAAGGCCGGGACUCGGGGGAGGAGGCCCAUGACUACGAGGUGGACAUCAAUGGCUUAGAGAUCCUUGAGUGCAAAUACAGGGUGGCAGUAACUGAGGUGAUCGAUUUGAAAGCUGAAAUUAAAGCCUUAAAGGAGAAAUAUAAUAAAUCUAUAGAAAACUAUACUGAAGAGAAGACCAAGUAUGAGAGUAAGAUCCAAAUGUAUGAUGAGCAGGUGACUAGCCUUGAGAAGACUACCAAGGAGAGUGGAGAGAAGAUGGCCCACAUGGAGAAGGAGUUGCAAAAGAUGACCAGCAUAGCCAACGAAAAUCACAAUACCCUUAAUACGGCCCAAGAUGAGUUGGUGACGUUUAGUGAGGAGCUAGCUCAGCUUUACCACCAUGUAUGCCUGUGUAAUAAUGAAACCCCCAACAGAGUCAUGCUGGACUACUAUAGGCAAAGCAGAGUCACCCGUAGUGGCAGCCUGAAAGGCCCCGAUGAUCCCAGGGGACUUUUGUCUCCACGGUUAGCCAGGCGGGGUGUGUCAUCCCCAGUAGAAACAAAGACCUCCUCUGAACCAGUUACAAAAGAAAACACAGAGACCAGCAAAGAACCAAGUCCAACCAAGACCCCCACAAUCUCUCCUGUUAUUACUGCCCCACCAUCAUCUCCAGUAUUAGAUACAAGUGACAUCCGCAAAGAGCCAAUGAAUAUCUACAACCUUAAUGCCAUAAUCCGAGACCAAAUCAAGCAUCUGCAGAAAGCUGUGGACCGGUCCUUACAAUUGUCUCGCCAAAGAGCAGCUGCACGGGAGCUGGCGCCCAUGAUUGAUAAAGACAAGGAAGCCUUAAUGGAAGAGAUUCUCAAGCUCAAGUCCCUGCUGAGCACCAAACGGGAGCAGAUCGCGACGCUGAGGGCAGUGUUGAAAGCUAACAAGCAGACAGCUGAAGUGGCACUAGCUAAUCUCAAGAACAAAUAUGAAAAUGAGAAAGCAAUGGUGACUGAAACUAUGACGAAACUUAGAAAUGAACUGAAGGCUUUGAAAGAAGAUGCAGCAACUUUCUCAUCCCUUAGAGCAAUGUUUGCAACCAGAUGUGAUGAAUAUGUCACACAAUUGGGUGAGAUGCAGAGACAGUUAGCAGCCGCAGAGGAUGAGAAGAAGACUCUAAAUACUUUGUUACGAAUGGCUAUCCAGCAAAAACUCGCCCUGACCCAGCGGCUGGAGGACUUAGAGUUUGACCAUGAGCAGUCCCGACGCAGCAAAGGCAAAUUUGGAAAGAGCAAGAUCGGCAGCCCUAAAGUAAGUGGGGAGGCAUCAGUCACCGUGCCCACCAUAGACACUUACCUCCUGCAUAGUCAGGGCCCACAGACACCCAACAUUCGGGUCAGCAGUGGCACUCAGAGGAAAAGACAAUUUUCACCUUCCCUUUGUGAUCAGAGCCGUCCCAGGACUUCAGGGGCUUCCUACCUACAGAAUUUAUUAAGAGUUCCCCCUGAUCCCACCUCCACAGAAUCAUUUCUUCUGAAGGGCCCCCCUUCCAUGAGUGAAUUCAUCCAAGGGCACCGGCUCAGCAAGGAAAAAAGGUUAACCGUGGCUCCACCAGAUUGUCAGCAGCCUGCUGCCUCCGUACCGCCACAGUGCUCACAACUAGACGGGAGGCAAGACUGCCCUACUGUCAGUCCUGACAGAGCUCUCCCUGACGAGCAGCCACAUUCCAGCUCGCAGUGCUCCCCUCUCCACUGUCUCUCCAAGCCUCCGUACCCCUAGUCUUCAUCUCCUGUCGACGAAUAUCUGGGGUGAACAUUUCGUAGCCACACCCAGGAUACUGCCCACAAUCCAGCGGGUGUUUUCUUCUCAGUUGUUAGAUGUAUGAUGGAAUUAGUGCCCAUCAUUUUGGAAGACGAAAGGAAGUUGAGAAGAAUAACACAACACACAGACUCCAAUGUGAUAAAAUGUUUUUUGAUUUCUCUAAGUCACAGAUAAACUUCUGCAAUCCAAUGGCUACAGUUCUGUUAAAUGACUGCAGUUCCUGUAAACAAAACAAAACAAAACAGGACACAUGUAUCUCAAAUGUCUGGCUUUACCUCGAUAGCAUAAGAGAGACCUAAGACAAUGUAAAAUACAUAGACCGUAAAAUCAUCUUUCUUCAUAUUUCACAUUUGGCUAUAGAAGUUGAUUCCAAUAUUUUUUCAUCAUUGAUAUUUAUUUUGUAUUUUAUUUGCCAUAUGAUUUAUGUCUACAAAAUUCAUUUCUGUGAGAGGUGAACUUAAUUCAUUUAUUUUUAAAUAAGCAUAAUUUGCUCAAUUAAUUAUGAGUUUUAAUUUAGUUCGAAACCUGGAAUUGGCCAGACGGUCAUUUUUCUUGCACAAAAUGAUAAAUGAGGUGCAUCAGAAUGUUAACAAUAACGAUUUUGCUGCUACACUUACAUUGUUUAUGCACUUAUUUUCUAAUCAAUAGCUCAUAAACUGCUGGGGUUUUUUCUUUUUUACUAGAAUUCUUCACUGGACAUUAAGUAAAUCUAAGAAAGAGACUAUGUUAUGAGUCAUUGACUUAUUCAACUUUUGACGGCAUCUUUAAUUUUUAAAAAUUGCAGACAAGUAGAUGCACUGGUGCUGCUCCCUUGUGAGUGAGUGAGUGUGUGUGUGUGUGUGUGUGUGUGUGUGUGUGUGAUAACGUUAAAGAACGCUAAAUAACAUGAAGGGAAAAAUGGUGUGUUUAUUUACUGACCAGAACUUUGUUUUUACUUCUCCCAAAUUCAGGGUCCUAUUAUGAGUCUUUCCUGCUAAAAGGUACCAAGUAUAAAUGGAAAAAAUAGAUAGAUAGAAAGAUAGAUAGAUAGAUAUAUAGAUAGAUAGAUAGAUGUAAGUUAGCCUUCAGUUAAUGAAUUUACCCAGAAAGUGUUCAAAUUUUGAUUAAAAAUGUGUUUUGUUGUUGUUUUUUUCAUAAUGAAUCUUCCUUGCCAAAAAAACAAUAGUAAUAAACUUUAGCUCAUUGUCUACUUUUGACAAACACUCAGGUGCCUACAAUCAUUAUACAUAUUGAGAUUAAUACAUAUUCCUAGUUAAUUUACUUAUUCUGCUGGGUAACUUUUUCGACUUGAUUUAAGGCAGUGGAUUUUCAUAGCAAAAUUUCUUUUGCUCAUAAUCUGACAAACAAGGAAAACAGCUAAUUGAGCUGAAAGGUCUAACACUCUUGAGCUCCUUAACUAUCAAGUGCUGCCCACACAAUUGCUCCUAGUCUUGAUUCCUUGUUUAGCCAGGUAGCCUUAACUUAUUUAAAACCAUAACAGUUUGACCUUUUCAUGUAACAAUAUCUGUAACUUCUCUUUAAAACAAAAAGAAUCCUCACUGUUCACACAAAAGAAAGUUAACAAUGCAGGGCUCUAACAGCGGAGAUCUAGUUAGAGCCACCGAGCUUAUUGAGUGGAAGAGGGAGGGACAUUAAGAAACGGUUCAUCAAAGAUGGCAGCCAGUCAGUAAAGUCAUAAAGCACAGUGCAGGAGCUUUCAUCAGUCAUACACCUAUUAGUUUAGUGUUCACUAUUACCAAAGCAACCAAGAGGUGUUGAGUUUCAUAUAUGAGUGCUAUUUUCAACAGUGUCAUUUAUUAUGCAACUUAGAAUACUUGGAGAUCUUCACCUUAAAUAGGGAUUCAGGUUAAAGUACAGAAACAAAUCUUCAUAAAAUCUUGGUCACAACUGCCUAACCUUCUGUCCUUUCCUAUCUGCAUUGCCUUGCUGUUUCUAAAUAUCUUAAUUUUAUUGGUGUUGUAUCUGCCUAGUACCAAUAUUAAUGAGACAGUGUGGAUUAUAUUAGAGUUCAGUUAAAGGACACUACUCUCCACCACACACACACACUUCUGCUUUAUUUUUUCCUUCCUUCCUUCCUUCCUUCCUUCCUUCCUUCCUUCCUUCCUUCCUUCCCUCCUUCUUUUCCUCCCUCCCUUCCUUUAUAUUUUUGUUAUUUCUUCUUCAGGCAUCAUGUGUUUGGACCUGAGAAGUAGCAUAGAUGCAAAGUUGAUUUUUAAUGAAAACUUACUGUACCUGAGGGAAAAAUACGCCUUUUAAAAAAGUACCUCAGAACAUCUUCCUCUAUUGCCUCAUCAAUUUUGUUGGCAGUACAGGGAAUUCAGCAGUAAGUUUGUCUCUGUGUAACUAUAGGGCAGUAAUGCUUACUGACAGCACAGUACUGCAUUUUUGCUCCCUUACUCUGUAUUUGUGACCUGAUGAAAGGCCGAGUCACAGAGAACACAUUUAUUUCUUCCAAUAUAAAGUUUUUGAACUCUAUUAUAUAUGAAUUUUAUUUCAGUUCCUUUAUGUUAGCAGAGUGGGAAAUCUUCAUUUAGAAAUACCAAUUCUAUAAAAACUUUAAUUUUAGCAAAGCUUUGACAAGAAGAUAUAGAAACUUGAAAAUAAAUGUCUAAUUUUCAGCACAUAAUUAGAUAAUAGUCCCUCAGCAAUGAGAGAGAAUUCCAUGCAUUUACACUGUGGCAUCAUUUAGUAGAAUUUAAAUGGAGCCAUAUCUAUAUUUAUAGGCAUUUAAAAUGAAUGAAUAUGUGUAGCAUUGAUAACAUCAAUGCCUGUAGAGAAACAUGAGGAUUCAAAAGGAAACUGAAAAAUUGAAGAACUAGUGAAAAUCAAAAAGAACAAACCUCAGUAAGACCAGCCGAAGACGAAUAGGCGGGUGGAAAGGACUGCGGAAACACAAUAAAACCCUGGCUAAUUAUUGCAAACAGUGGGCAAAGAUUAAAAGUAACUAGAAAGACUGGUUAGCAAGGUUACCAGGUUGUUUUUAAAAAGUAAGCACAAUUACCAAACUGAAAAGAUUAGCAUGCAGAAGUGCUCUUUCUUACUGAGGAUUUUUCUUCAUUAGAACAUAAAAUAAAAAGGAGCGUUACACUGUUUUUGGCCUGAGUGCGCAGGGGCACACAGGGCCCUCAGAUUAAACUUUCCAGGCUCCUGAUUCAUCACAUCCCUUUCAUGUAUUCAGUUUUGUCUUGAUAAGAGGGAUUUGGAUAACUUCAAGAAAAUAAAGUUAUUAAAUAAGAAAAGACCUAUUUAGAAAGAUUAUACUUUAGCCUAAGGAAAAAGGUACACUAGUGAUCUGAAGAAAAUUUAAUAAACGGUUAGUGCCAGCUAUAGAUAUCAGCACUAAAACCCGAAUAAGAAAAACAAAGUCUUCAGUGUGAAGAAUUUAUACUAAUUUCUAGAAAACAGAUUCUUAGCAGUGGAAAAUUAAUCAUCGAAAUUGAUAAUUAUAAGGAAGAUUUGAUUUUUUAAUUAAAUGUUAUCGGUCGUCUAGUAAGGAUUAAGUGGCAAGAUACGAUAAUGUAUUAUCAUUCUAGAAUUUCAUAAUCCAAUGAUUCCUUUAUUUUAAGUUUAAAGAUGAAGUUAUUUUGUUUAGUCAUAAAAUAUUUUGACUAAAAUAUUUUAUUACUCAUAAAAUAUUUUAUUCCUUGAAAAUAAGAUAGCAAUCUUAAUUUUUCCAAAAUAUUUGGUAAAAAGCAAACAUGAUUUUGGGUAUUUUUUUCUUGCAGCUGCAUUUCAUAAUAUCUUUGAAGCUGUCCAGAUUGUAGUAAUUUAAUAUAAAAAGCCUCAAUUGUCAGAGUCCAAGCAGUGAGAGAGAAACCAACAGCUUCAAGAAUACUUUAGAAAUAGGAGGUAUGCAAUCCCAUAGAGGGGUAAAUGCCUCUCAAACCUUGUUUUCUUAAAAGAAUCAUCAAUAAAUUAUUUCCUUUUUCCUUGCUCUGGAAAAUAUUCUGGAACAUCUUAAGUCGUUCUGUUUUAAACAAGCAUGAAGCAUCAUUGAUCAAGAAAACUAUAAAUGUGAACAUUUCCUGGUAUUCUGCAUUAAAUAAAAUCAGUAAUUCUCGAGUGGUAAUUACAAACGAUGAAAAAGAAAUAAAAUAUAUUUUAUACGAGGUUUAGAAUGGCAAGCUUAAUGUAUAAUUGUUCUAAUCAAUCAGCCAAAAGACAUAAUCUGUCUCUCAGAAAGACACAUCAGGGGAAACUGAUUUCUGGUAAGCAACUACUGGUUUCAACCGAAGGAUGCCGCAAAUGCAUUAAUAUUGUAGAUAUAAAGUAGGAUUAGAUUCAAAAGGAGCUCUUAGGAUAAGGUUUACAAUUUUAAAAAUUUGCCCUCCGACUUUUUGUUUGUUUAUAAACCAGAGUGGUUUGAAAAUAGUGCUUGUAUUUAAGAUUGCAAAAUUUACAAGAAUGUUUUCACAUAAAUGGAACAUAAUUCUUCAAAAAACUGUUGAACUGGAGGUGUGAUAGGUAGUAUGAUCAGUGCUAUUAUUGGCAUAAUUUUUACCUUAAAAUCAAUUUCUAUGGACAUACAAGACCAACCUAGCCUCCCGAGUGAUCUUUUCCAUUGUCUGUAAUAAUGCUCUCAGAUGAGUUGUGUCUGUAAUUAAAUUUAUCUUUAUUUAAAUGCUAACUGCCACUGACCCUGGUAUAUUGCAUUUAUAGUCUGAUUCUGUUAUAAUAACAUCUGAAAGAUUUCAUUUAGACAUCUCUCCGUCCUCAAAAUAUCACAGAAAUGGAUAUUUAUUAUUAAAAUAAGUUCUUCAAUUGAGGGUUUUCCAGAAAUAAUACCCUACUUGUGAAGAAGAGCAGCAAUUAACUGCCUUUAGUGUAAGGGUGUGAGUGCAUAAAAGAAUGCUGUGUAAAAUGUUUGCAUGAGAUAUUUCGCAUCAUGUAAGCUUUCCCAUAUUCAUAAUAUGAACACUAUAGAAGUCUUAUUUUCCUGUGAUUUCUCCAUUAGGAAUGUAAGGAGAUUGGUACCUAUAUCUGAUCUCCUUUCCAUAUUGAAAUGCAUGGCUCUAAUCCUCAGUGUAUUUUUAUACCCUUCCUCUGGAGUUAUUUAAAAUUUGUCUUAUUUAAAGUAAUGUUUAGAUAAACCGUUGAGCCAGAUAAUUUCUGUGAUCGGAAUUUAAUUGCUCUAUAACAUUGGUUGAGAACACAUUUUAACUUUUUUUCUUUCAGAAUUCUCUGAUCAUUAUGGUUCUCUAAUGAAAACACUGAGAAGAAAAUUCGAUGCAUUUUAGCGUGACUAUGUUUUUCUUUUUAAAAAGUAGUUUUAAAAUAAAGAUCAGAGAACUAUAAAGAGAAAUGUCAUUUUGUUGACAAAUCAUUAUUUGAUAAUAAUGGAGAUACAUGGAGAUACAGAAUGAAGCAUUUUGUUGUUUGGAUUCAUAGUAUGAUUGUGUACCAAAUCUUAAGAGGAAGUAAAUGAUUUUAACAUUAUUGCCACAAAAUUUUUAAGCUCAAUGGUUUGACUGUUAGAGUCGAUUAAAUAAUUCUUUGAAAAUCUUUUAUGACAUUUUUGUAAUCUACUCAGUGUUUUCAUUUGCAUGAUUAUGCACAUGUGAUGAACCAUACAUAAAUCUGAUACUGCAUUUCUUCCAAGUAUUAAUAUUUGUGUAAUGAGUGUCCAACCUCAAUUUGUACACUGUAUGAUUAUCAUUGUAAAGAUUCUGCUAUUCCUAUAUUUCAUUGCAAUUUUGUUAUGCUUUUGGGGGUUAAAUUAUGUGAAGCAUUUCCACCUAAUGAUAAUACCAUAUGAAAACAUGACUUAAAGACCUAAGAAACUCUUUUGCGGCUAAUUAUUUUUUAAAAAUUCAAAUUUCAAAGGAAACAUGUUCUCAAAGACGUGCAUUUAUUUUAAAUUAAAAAAAAAUCCUUAUGAAUUUAUUAUUGCUUGUCCUUUAAAAAUUAUUAUUUUUUUUGUGGACAUUCCUAAGUGACUGUCUCAUGGGAGAAUCCAUCUACGUGCUUGCAUUUGUGUUACCUGAUCAUGCACUCAAUGGUUGGAAAAGGUACUCCAGUGCUAAGAAAGUAACUGAAACCAAUAUAUUAAAUUCUUAUCUUGGUUUAUGUUACCAACUGAAUAUGGUGUAAUGCAUAACUCUUCCCAGUAAAUAAACUGGUUACCUUUUGUUCAUUUCA